CAACAACGGAACUCACUACAACUUUAUCUACAAUAACGAGCGAUCCAGCAACAUCAACAGCUGUAACUUCUGAAUCCACAACUCUUACUUCAACAACAAUGCCUACAACUUCAGAGAGUACAACAGCGGAAACCACGACUACAGCCUCAUCAACCACAUUUACAACAACGACUGAUCCAAUAACAUCAACAGCUGUAACUUCUGAAUCCACAACUCUUACUUCAACAACCAUGCCUACAUCUUCAGAAACGACAACUGCAGCAGAAACAACAAAUGCUGCAUCCACAACCACAACUGAACCUUCCACUGCUACAGCUGUACCAACAACGUCACUUGAACUCACAACAACGGAACUCACUACAACUUUAUCUACAAUAACGAGCGAUCCAGCAACAUCAACAGCUGUAACUUCUGAAUCCACAACUCUUACUUCAACAACAAUGCCUACAACUUCAGAGAGUACAACAGCGGAAACCACGACUACAGCCUCAUCAACCACAUUUACAACAACGAGCGAUCCAACAACAUCAACAGCUGUAACUUCUGAAUCCACAACUUUUACUUCAACAAAAGUGCCUACAACUUCAGAGAGUACAACAACAGCCUCAUUAACCACAUCUACAAUAACGAGCGAUCCAACAACAUCAACAGCUGUAACUUCUGAAUCCACAACUCUUACUUCAACAACAAUGCCUACAACUUCAGAGACUACAACAGCAGAAACCACGACUACAACCUCAUCAACAACAUCUACAACAACGACUGAUCCAAUAACAUCAACAGCUGUAACUUCUGAAUCCACAACUUUUACUUCAACAACCAUGCCUACAUCUUCAGAAACGACAACUGCAGCAGAAACAACAAAUGCUGCAUCCACAACCACAACUGAACCUUCCACUGCUACAGCUGUACCAACAACGUCACUUGAACUCACAACAACGGAACUCACUACAACUUUAUCUACAAUAACGAGCGAUCCAGCAACAUCAACAGCUGUAACUUCUGAAUCCACAACUCUUACUUCAACAACAAUGCCUACAACUUCAGAGAGUACAACAGCGGAAACCACGACUACAGCCUCAUCAACCACAUUUACAACAACGAGCGAUCCAACAACAUCAACAGCUGUAACUUCUGAAUCCACAACUUUUACUUCAACAAAAGUGCCUACAACUUCAGAGAGUACAACAACAGCCUCAUUAACCACAUCUACAAUAACGAGCGAUCCAACAACAUCAACAGCUGUAACUUCUGAAUCCACAACUCUUACUUCAACAACAAUGCCUACAACUUCAGAGACUACAACAGCAGAAACCACGACUACAACCUCAUCAACAACAUCUACAACAACGACUGAUCCAAUAACAUCAACAGCUGUAACUUCUGAAUCCACAACUUUUACUUCAACAACAGUGCCUACAACUUCAGAGAGUACAACAGCAGAAACCACGACUACAGCCUCAUCAACAACAUCUACAACAACGACUGAUCCAACAACAUCAACAGCUGUAACUUCUGAAUCCACAACUCUUACUUCAACAACAAUGCCUACAACUUCAGAGAGUACAACAGCGGAAACCACGACUACAGCCUCAUCAACCACAUUUACAACAACGAGCAAUCCAACAACAUCAACAGCUGUAACUUCUGAAUCCACAACUUUUACUUCAACAAAAGUGCCUACAACUUCAGAGAGUACAACAACAGCCUCAUUAACCACAUCUACAAUAACGAGCGAUCCAACAACAUCAACAGCUGUAACUUCUGAAUCCACAACUCUUACUUCAACAACAAUGCCUACAACUUCAGAGACUACAACAGCAGAAACCACGACUACAACCUCAUCAACAACAUCUACAACAACGACUGAUCCAAUAACAUCAACAGCUGUAACUUCUGAAUCCACAACUUUUACUUCAACAACAGUGCCUACAACUUCAGAGAGUACAACAGCAGAAACCACGACUACAGCCUCAUCAACCACAUCUACAACAACGACUGAUCCAAUAACAUCAACAGCUGUAACUUCUGAAUCCACAACUUUUACUUCAACAACAGUGCCUACAACUUCAGAGAGUACAACAGCGGAAACCACGACUACAGCCUCAUCAACCACAUUUACAACAACGAGCGAUCCAACAACAUCAACAGCUGUAACUUCUGAAUCCACAGCUUUUACUUCAACAACAGUGCCUACAACUUCAGAGAGUACAACAGCGGAAACCACGACAACAGCCUCAUUAACCACAUCUACAAUAACGAGCGAUCCAACCACAUCAACAGCUGUAACUUCUGAAUCCACAACUCUUACUUCAACAACAAUUCCUACAACUUCAGAGACUACAACAGCAGAAACCACGACUACAGCCUCAUCAACAACAUCUACAACAACGACUGAUCCAAUAACAUCAACAGCUGUAACUUCUGAAUCCACAACUUUUACUUCAACAACAGUGCCUACAACUUCAGAGAGUACAACAGCGAAACCACGACUACAGCCUCAUUAA